GACCAAUAUACCAUUAUUUCGUUGUCAUCUUCCAUCUUAUAUUUUUAUCAUUAUAUUAUUUUAUUUUAUUUAUUAAAAUAUUUCAAGAAAUCACAUAAUAUCUGUCUAUGUAUUUAUAAACUCACCAAGCACUCAUUUUACAAAAACAUUUCAUUUUUUUCUUUCUUUUGAGAGUACAAAAACUUUGUCUCUCUGUUUAUAUUCCUUUAUUUUUUCUCUUAAUUAAUAAUAAUAAAGUGUCAGUUGUGAUCUUGGAGUCUUGAAUCAAUUAAAUCAAAUGGUAUUAGUCGCAAGAAGAAAGAGCACCGGAGACGACGGAAUGCAACUGCAAUUGGGUAAAUACGAGAUCGGAAGAACACUCGGUGAAGGCAAUUUCGGCAAAGUUAAGUACGCUAAAGACAUCCAAACCGGACACCCGUUUGCCGUCAAGAUCCUCGAAAAAACCCGGAUCAAGAACCUUAAUUUCUCAGAUCAGAUAAAGAGGGAGAUUGCUACAUUAAAGAUCUUGAAGCAUCCUAAUGUUGUUAGAUUACAUGAGGUAUUGGCAAGCAAAACCAAGAUUUAUAUGAUUCUUGAAUAUGUCAAUGGAGGUGAAUUAUUUGAUACGAUUGCAUCGAAAGGUAAGCUAUCCGAAUCGGAUGGCAGAAAGUUGUUUCAACAACUGAUUGAUGGGGUCACUUAUUGUCAUGAUAAAGGAGUCUACCAUCGCGACCUUAAGCUAGAAAAUGUUCUUGUUGAUGCUAAAGGAAGCAUCAAGAUAUCAGAUUUUGGCCUUAGUGCCCUACCCCAGCAUUUAAGGGAUGACGGGCUACUGCAUACAACGUGUGGGAGUCCUAACUAUGUUGCUCCUGAGAUUCUUUCCAACAGAGGGUAUGACGGCGCAACAUCUGAUACUUGGUCAUGUGGGGUCAUCUUAUACGUUAUCCUUACAGGGUAUCUACCAUUUGAUGAUAGAAAUCUUGCAGUUCUCUAUCAAAAGAUUUUUAAAGGGGAUGUGCAGAUGCCCAAAUGGUUACCUUCAGGAGCAAAGAAUUUGAUAAAGAGAAUUCUCGAUCCUAACCCUAAAACAAGGAUAACAAUGUCAGAUAUCAAAGCAGACGAAUGGUUCAAACAGGAUUAUGUUCCGGCAAUUAUUGGCGAUGAAGACGAGGAAGAUGUACUUAUUGAUGAUGAAGUUUUAUCCAUACACGAGGCGCCAACGGAUUCAGAAAAAGAUCCAGAAUCACCUAUUUCAAUUAAUGCUUUUGAACUCAUUGGGAUGUCAUCAAGCUUGGAUCUUUCUGGGUUCUUCGAGAAAGAGGAUGUAUCUGAGAGAAAGGUGAGAUUUACAUCCACAUAUUCUCCAAGAAAAUUGCUCGAAAAGAUCGAGGAUACGGUAUCACAGAUGGGAUUUGGAGUUCAAAAGAAAAACGGAAAGUUGAAGGUGGUACAAGAUCACAAAGCCCGGAGGAAGUCUUGUAAUUUAUCCGUUACAGCAGAAGUUUUUGAAAUCAACCCGUCAUUGUAUGUAGUUGAAUUAAGAAAAAACAACGGCGAAUGUAGUGAAUAUAGACAGCUAUGUGACAAGGUGUUUAAGGAUUUCGGGGUGUCAAGAAGUCAAGAGCAUUUGGCAGCAAAGUUGCUAGAAGCUUCAUAGGGUUUUCGGAUCCCGGUUUCAUAUGAAUAUAUGUAUAUAGGAGAUCAACCUUCAAUCUAUAUUGAAGGGAGGAAAAGAUUAGUGUUUUAUUUGGUUUUUUAUAUGAAUAUGAUUAUCGAUUCGAUGUAAGUUUAAGUAUAGAAAACCCACUAUGGUAUAGGAAUAUUUAGAUGGAUAGAGUUUGUAAUGUAAGAAUUAAACAUAUGAAAUUAGUUUGUGUAUAUUGAUGCAUAUUUAUUUAUUUGAAGAUUUUGUGAAUC